AGAGCCCUCGUCGUGAGCAGACAGCGGAAGGGCAAGACGGCAGAGCAGCAUCUCUGGAGAGGCCCCGGCCCAAAGCCCCUCUGCAAGGGACUGACACAAGCGAGCCGGCAUGGAUGUCUUUAAGAAAGGGUUUUCCAUUGCUAAGGAGGGGGUGGUAGCUGCUGCGGAGAAGACCAAGCAGGGAAUGACCGAGGCUGCAGAGAAGACCAAGGAAGGGGUCAUGUAUGUAGGUGCCAAAACCAAAGAGGGGGUAGUGCAGAGCGUCACUUCAGUUGCUGAAAAGACCAAGGAACAGGCCAAUCUAGUGGGUGAAUCUGUGGUGUCCAGCGUCAAUACGGUGGCAAAACAGACCGUAGAAGGAGCGGAGACCGUUGUAGCUAGCACUGGGGUUGUUAAAAAGGAGGAUUUCGAACAUCCUGGGCAGCCCGGGGAACCACCUGCUGCUGCCGCUGCAGAAGACGAUGCCCCAGUGGAAGCCACAGAACCCGAUGACGAGGUAAAGCACACUCAUAGCCCAGCUAACCCGAGAGCCCUUGGCUGGUCUGGCGUUGUUCUCGCCGUCUAUUGUUCUUGCCUUACUUUAUCUGUGCUCAGCUGGUUUCCGUUUCUUUUCUGCAUACAGGGUGAAAAUGAAGGAAAUUAAUCCUCCUCGGGCCUUCUAGUGUGAAAAACUGAGAAUCCCAAGAGUAAAUACAGAAACGGUACAGAGCAGGAAAAUCACCCCCACAGCAGGCUAACUUCAUGCAGCACUCCAGUCUUUCAUUUGCCCCACAUCAACACAUCUGAGGUGUGUGGCAAACUCCUGGUCAAAUGCUAUAGGGUAACUCUGUGCGGCACCCCCUGUGUCUCCCUCGCCAUCCCCGUCGUGGCUUCCUCCCUCACACACCCUCGAGGCUCUCCAGCGUAACAUUUGACAGCUGCAGUUUCGGGCAGCUGUGGCUGGAAUUGCUGAUUAAUGUCUUCU